CCACUCUGGCUAUGGGUGGGCGCACAGGAGUGUGUGUGUGCAUGUGUGUGUGUGUUCAGGUGUGAGCGUCUGCCUUGGAGCUGGACUCAGAGAGAAGUCAGCGUCUGGACAGUGUGGCAGGCAAAGAGAACGUCAGAGCUCUCUGAGGGGGCCCUGACCGCUGACCAUGUGGCCAACACACUGAGGGCCCCCCAGAUGAAAACAUAGGAACCAAAGAGGAGCAAAUCACCAAUAAAAAGAAGAAAAGCUUAAAAAGACAAAGAGAGCAGAACAAUGGUUGCAGAGGAAGUGAUAAUUACAUUGUCCGGUGGAGCGCCGUGGGGCUUUCGUCUCCAGGGAGGCGUGGAACAUCAGAAACCACUCCAGGUGGCUAAGGUGCGUAAACGCAGCAAGGCAUGCAGGGCUGGGCUUCGAGAGGCUGAUGAACUGGUGUCCAUCAACGAUCAGCCAUGUGGAACGCUAUCUCAUGCCCAAGCCAUGGACCUAAUCGACAGCUCCCCUGGGAUAUUACAUAUCCGGGUAAAAAGGGUGCCUGCUGGUUUUCAGUCCGUGGUGCUUGUGACCCGUGCCCCAUCCCCCCGUAUAGACAAAGAGUACCGCGCUGCUCUGCGUGUCAUUUCACCCAACAGCCCCCACCAUGCACCCGUCCGUGAAGUCCACCGUAGCCGCUCUUCCACAACCAGUGGCUUGACAUCUCCACCUGGUAGUGAGGCGUACUACGGUGAGACUGACAGUGAUGCAGAUGUGGCGGGCUAUGAGAGACAGCGCCGGCAGAAACGCCGCAGCCCCAGCAACUCCAACCCGGGGAAACCAACAGGACGAGCGUCUCCUGAGGGUGGCGAGACAUCAGAGAUGAGUGGCUAUGACAGCGCUCCAGAUGCACAGGUUUUCCCCAGUUUGAUAGAUGGACGUGGGGGAGAUGGAGAUGGAGAAGGGGGGCUGCCGGGGGUGGCACGGAGGGAGGUGAUUUACCAGCCUCCUGGUCCAGGAAUGUGGUCCUCCCAGACAUCCACUGAGACCUCCUCCAUCAUCUCCUCAGCAGAUGACCAGGGGCCACGGGAUGCAGGGCAAGAGGAGGAUAGUGGCUUUCUAGAGCCAGCUAAUGUGCCGCUGGUGUCCCCUGAGAGGGCAAAGGAGGCCCUGAUGCUGAGCUCCCGCAGCCAGCUUGUGCCCAUGGUGGGUCCUGUGAAUAAACCCGUUGAUGAGGAGCUUACAACAACCUACAUGGAAAAGGCCAAACAAGCCAAACUGAACAGAGGGGAUACUCAGCAAGACAAGCAAGUAAAGGAAGCCAAAAGCAAGUGUCGAACAAUUGCGUCCCUACUAACUGAUGCUCCCAACCCUCACUCCAAGGGGGUGCUAAUGUUCAAGAAGAGGCGGCAGCGCUCCAAGAAGUACACCCUCACCAGUUUUGGUAGUGUGGAUGAGGACAGGUGUCAGGACUCACAAGAGGAGGAUGGGGUAUUCCCUGGAAGCGAAUCAGAGUUUGAUGAGGAUGGCUUCUCUUCAGUUCCUGACCCAACUUGGGAUAGUGACACCUUGGAUAUGCUGGAGAAGAGGGCAACUGCGGGCACUGAAGGUCGUGGGGAUGGGGCAGAGGAUGCUCCAAGUCCAGGGUUGAGUGACACCGCAGGCAAGGGCGCCCAGCUGUUUGAGCAGCAGAGAAAGAGGGCUGCUGAGCAUGCCAAGAAGGUAGAGGCAGCCCAACCUCAUGCUCCUCCGCCAUCUCAAAUCCAGGAGCAGACUCAGAUUUUGCAUCCAGAGACACAACCACAGAUACAGCCAAACCUCCAGCCUCAGCAGAUGAUACCACCCGGCCCUGUAGUAACACAGCAAGAGCCGCCUCAGGCUCCAGGCCCCGUUGCAGCCUAUGGAAUAACUAUUGGGGACCUAUCCUAUUCUGCAGUUAGUACAGCUAGCGUGAUGAUGUCACCUCCAUCUACAGCACCAAAACCAGCCACUUCCUCUGUGACUGUUCUAACCAGACCUGCCCCACCAGCUGAAACGCCACUACCAGAACUACCUGCUAGUAAUGUUCUCAACAGAACGGCACGGCCUUUCACACCUGGCUUCAUCAGCAUUCGUGCUGCGACUGCCCCUGUAACGUUCCGACCAUCCGUCUCGAAGAUGAGCCAGCGUCCUGCCUCAGCGGCUGUUGUGCCACCACCAUUCUCCACUGUCUCUGAACUAGCGAUGAAUGCUACAUCAGUAUCGGCACAGCUACCACCUGGUCCUCCGCCAGUGAUCUCCCCACCAACCUUUGUACCUCAAGGUCCCUUGGCCCCGACACCGGAAGCUCCUGUUACCUUUUAUCCUCCCGCCGUCUCUACCUCUGUAGAGAAACUGGAGCCAUCACCACCAAUAACUGCCACUCAUCGGGCUCCAUUUGUAGCUGUGCCCCCAGUAUCUGUGCCUUUCAUGCCCCUGGCUCCACAAGCACCAAUGGAUCCAGCCCCAGGUCCUCCAGCAUCUCAAAUUCCUGGCUCACCUGUUCCAGUUGCACCAUUACCUCCAGUCCAAUUGCCAGUUGCUCAACCACCUCCACCUCAAUUUUCCAUGGCACCUGUAGCUACAGUGUCUGUGGUCUCUCAGCCAGAAGCUGUAGCUCCAACCCCUAUUUCUGGUCGCACAGGAAUCUUGCUUGAUGCUCGACGGCGAACAAGUGGCAAACCCAAACCUAUGUUCAAUGUUCCAGAGAUCAAGAAGAACUCCCCCAAUCCUGAGCUAUUGUCUAUGGUGCAGAACCUAGAUGACAGGUCCACCCGACACAAACAUGGCCAACCACUGUCUGAGGGCAUCUAUGAUGAUGCAGAGGAAGAGAGGGGUGGUGAGGCUGGCAUGGGGAGGGUGCCUCCCCCAGUGGCACCCAAGCCUCGAAUCAUCCACGAGACCCCACGGAUUCUUCAAGCAGGGGGUAAGGGGGCCGAGCUGUUUGCCCGCAGGCAGACCCGCAUGGGAAUGUAUGUAGUGGACACCCCACCCGAGACCCCUUACCAGCAGGAAGUGACUUCACAGAGUGCACCCCAACACCUUGACUCCUCCCCCAAUCCUUUCCAUCUCUCUCAGUGGAAAUACUCCCCAAAUGUCCGAGCUCCUCCACCCAUUGGGUACAACCCCCUCCUGGCCCCCUCAAUCCCUACUGGGCCGCAGAAGAAUACAGGUGAGAAACGAGAAAGCAGAGGUAGAGGAGGCCCCCAAAGAGAGGGUAUCAAAGCUCUGGAUUUCAUGAGAAGGCAGCCCUACCAGCUCAACUCUGCCAUGUUCAACUAUGGGGGUAGUGUCACUAAUCUGUCAGCCAUGCCUUCCUAUCAGGCUCAGAGGCAGCAGCAGGGUGACUACAUAUCAGCAACAAUGGUGGGCAGCUCACUGACCCCACCGAAGCAAAUCCCCCUUAAAACAGCCCGUGUCUUUGAGGUCAAGCGAUUCUCCACACCCACACCCAUGUCAGCUCCCACUCUGUCUCCAAAGGUCAUUGCACCCCGUUCGGCCACCACCCUCGGAGAACGUUUGACUCAUUCCGGCAUGAUCUCCCCACCUCCUGCUCCUGUACCUUUCACUCCAACCCCAGCACCAGCCAGUGCCCCAAUGCCAGCUUCACCUCCCUCCCAACCAGCUGGACUGCCCGGCCUCCCAGUAUUCUCUGCCACCCCUAUUCCACAUCCUGUGCCCCCUUCAGUCCCUACACCUUACACUCCAGUAUCGUACACCACUGGGCUCCAGUCAGCCAAGCAGUUCCAGAGUGCUCCUGAGCUCAGUAUCCUGGCGUCUUUGCCCCCAGUUAAGUCCAAUGCAAUUCAGGCGCCCAAACCACGUUUUGUUGCCACCAAGGGAGGUGUCCAGCCCCGUGUGUGGAGGCCAGGGGCAAUGUGAACACCAGCAUCCACCACAUUUGGACAUUUUGUUGUACUAUUCAUUUAGAAAUGAAAUGAAUGAAUCAGCCAACUCUGUUAAUUGAUCCAUUGUUUAAGUCAAAAAUGCUUCUUCAUUGUUGGUAAUUAAAUAUCUUUGGGUGUUGGGUGGGGCUUAGGCUUUAAGAAAUUAUGAUGGGCAACUCUCUAAUUAAUUCAUUGAUUAAUUAAAAAAAAAAAAGAUGACAAAUUAACAUAAGGGGCCCUGCAGCCAUUCAAGGUCUAGUGUGUAGGAUUUAGUGGCAUCUAGUGGUGAGGUUGCAGAACUGAAUCUUCUCCCAUGUACUAUGGCGGGUGACACAAAAGCACAAAUGGCCCGAUCUACAGCCAGUGUUUGGUUUGUGUUUGGUUUGGGCUACUAGAAACAACAUGGCCGACUCCUUGGAAGAGGACCAGCUUUGUAUUCAGACACAAACGGGUCAUUCUAAGGUAAUAAAACACAGGUGAUUAUACACCAAGUAUUGUAUCAAUUUCUGCCAGUAUAUCCCCCAAAAUCCUUCACACUGGACCUUUAAUUUAAACCCUAAAUACAACUGUAAACAUAAAAUGAUGAAGUGAUUCAGUAUAGAGUUUGAAAUCCAAAAGCCAGUCAAGUUUUUGAAAUAUGUUAGAACUUAAAUAUUGCAAAUAGAUUGUUAACAUCUACUUGCUGUUCAAAAUGCUGCUUAUCACAUUUAUUUUUCUGCCAACACAUUUACUCACACAUGUAUCUGAGUGACAAUAACAAUAGAGUAUACUAGCACAUACUGUAUGCUGUAUAGUCCACCAUACGCCUGUCCUGGGGGAGGUUUGUGUAAGGCUUCUGGAGAUCUCUUUCUACUAAUUUAGCAGAAAUACCAUCUAAACAGAGCCUGUACUGAAAUAUUCUUUGAAACUUGAAAUGUCUAAGAGAUGCUGAAAAUGAAUCGUUGUGGUUCUGAUCAUAUGACUAAAUCACUGGAGAAAUGUGUUGUAGUAUGUUGACAGGUGGGGGAUUAUAAAGCAAGCUUAUAUCUUAUCUAUCUUUGAACAUUUACUUCUGUUAUUCAGUAGUUGUCUUACUACAUGAUGUGCUCCACAUGCUUUUUUUUUUUACCCCUCUCUGUUUGUAGCAUUGUCAAGAAGGAACCCAUGAUGACCUUGUCUCCUUGUCCCGGGGUUUAAUUGAUGCAUGACCAGCUGAACAUUGUAAGAUGUUUUUAAAUGCCUAUGCUCACCUUGGAACUAUAUGUGAAGACAAGGCCUGCCUUUGCAAGUGUUAGCGAGGUUGUGCCAAAUACCUCUGCUCACUAUAGCCAAAAAGAAAUGCUAUCUUUUUUAGCAUGGGUCACAUUCAAUAAGUGCCUGGGCUGUCACUGAAUGUACACUUGUCACUGGAUAUCACAGCUUCUAUUAGGCGCACCAGAGCCUCCUUAGUAUCCGUGUGAUCGUUGCAGACAUAUGUAAUUUCUUAACUUUUAUUAAACAAAUAACACAGAUGAA